AUGCAAAACCAAGUGUUCUAUCAAGGAAAAGAUAUGCCUCAUUAUUUAUGUGAUCAACAGCAAAUGCCUAUGGUUAUUAUGCAAAAUGGUCAGUUGUUUCCAUUAAAUCAGAACUUUCCUUCCUCGUUAUACGGCUUUCCACCUGCUCAAGUAUCAAGGUCAAUAAGUACAUAUAAUAUGACUCAUAGUGGCGAACAAAUCCAAGUUCCUGAAAAUACCUAUGCUAGUCCACGAGAAUCUAAUGUUCAUUCAACUCCAAGCGUCAAUAAACGAACUCUUGAUGAUGUUGGUCAUUCUUUUGAGAAAGAAAAUGAAAAUGAAGUGAAUACAACUAUAUUGUCCCUGAGAGAAAAUAAUGGCUGGCAAUCAUCACGACGUAAUAAUAAGAAAUUUAUUGCAAGUCGAAAUCGUACGUUCCACAUUUCCAAUCAGUUACAGAAUAAUGUCCAAUCUACAUUACCAAAUCAGCAACAAGCAUCUGGUCAAAUUUCGGAUCAGCAACAAUCAGUAAAUAAUCUUCCUACGCGACAAACAAGUCAACGUAAUCCAACUGAAAAUACGACAUUUCACCAGGCGAAUGAAAAUCAAAAUGUGAUUACUAAUCAAGCACAACGUUUUGCUACAACUCGCUAUCCCUUCUCUCCGUUCAUUGUUCAUUUUAAGGAAGAUAUUCGUGAUAAAUUAGUGGUUGAACAUUUAGUCAAACAUGCAAAAGAACAGUGUAAUGAUUUUGAUUUACGUGUUAUGGGUUAUCGUAGAACGCCGAUAAAUUCUGCUGGUGCUGAAUAUGAUGUUUUAAUAUUUGUUGAAAAUACACAAUCAUUUGCAUUUUUACUUGAUGUCGGAAACUGGCCUGCGCAACUUGUUGGAAAAGAAUAUAGUCGAAAGAUGCCUUCUAUUCCUCCUCAAUUAUCUGGUGUUAUUCAAAAUGUUGCUUUUAAUGUCAAUUGGGAUGAAUUUGUUCAGGAUAUUAAACGUCAAUAUCCUCAAGUGGUCAAUGUUAUUCGAUUGAAAAGUCGUAAUCUCAAAGAUCUUAAAUUAGUUAAAGUGGAAUUUAACUCCGAUACUGUUCGUGAUGAAUUCUUGGAAGGAAAAUAUGUAUAUGUGCAUUUUAUGCGGUAUCCAGUAGUGGAAUAUAUGGCUUUAGCUCAAGUAUUAAUAUGUUCUCGAUGUAUGCAAAUUGGUCACUUCCAGAAAAAUUGUCCACAAAAAGAUGUAGUAACUUGUAAAAUAUGUGGAGUAAAAUGUGCUGAUAUCAAAAAGCACGAAUGCCAAGGUGUUCCUAAAAGUAUUCGUUGUGAUGGAGAUCACAAGUCCAGUGACACUAAAUGCCCAAAAGUUAAAGAUUAUCGAGCCGCUUUAACUCGUACUCCUCUAGCAACAAGAAAUAAUGUUCAAGUUACUCAACCUGUACAAAAUAAUCUUGCUCUAACUACAUCGAAUUUUCCUUGGCUUAACUAUUUGUCUCCAACUAAUACAUUAACUACUAAUAACAAUCAUGUUGAUGCAAUUGGAAUGUUCGAAAAGUUACGAGAAACUAUGAUAGACGAAGGCAAAAAGACUCGUGAAAGUUUUGAUCAAUUUAAAGAAGAAAUGUUUCAGAAAGAUAAAGUAUAUGAGCAAGAAAUAUCUAAUUUGAAAUCUAAAGUUACAACGCUGGAGAAUCAACUGGCUCAACAAAAUUUGGUACAACAAGAAACCAUGAUUCUUAUCACAAAUUUAAGAUGGGGUGAAGUUUAUUUACUUUUUUCAUCAUACAACUUUGAUAUUCUGGUGCUAUUGGAAGUGGGUAAAUUUGAUCAAGCUACCAUAAAUACUGCUUUCCCAAAUCACUAUUUAUUCUAUCAAGAAGGAGAAAAUGCUCGUGGGGGUGUGAUUAUUUUGGUUCGACAAACUAUUUCUGUUAUUCGUGUCCCUUGUUCCCUUGCUAAUGUAUGUGUGCUUGAUUUACAUCUUGAUGAAACUUUACGUCUAAUUGGAAUGUAUGCCCCGGAUAGAACAUCGUGGUCAUGGAAUGAGUUAUCACCUUUCUUCUCAACCAAGUCAGUUAUUUGUGGUGAUUUCAAUGUGGAUCUUGUAGAAGAUGGGGAUAAAGCAGAUAGACUUAUGAAAUGGGCUGAUGAAUUGGAUUUAUUUUCUGUAGUUCCAGAUACAAGUACUUCACGUAGAUCAGAUAGAACUAUUGAUUAUGCCUUUGUAAAAGGCACACAAGUUACUGUACAAGUUCAUGAAGGUGCUACCACUAGUGAUCAUAAACCUAUCAUUCUGGUUUUUGCCUUUGAUGACAAACGUAAAAAUAUGGCUAGUUGCACUUCAUGGCUUGUGUUCUCGUUAUUUUUAUCAUAUACAUUUGUAUUCUGGGAAAAACAAUGGUCUGCAUUUGACAUGAAUGGAACCUAUAAUAAUUUCACACGAUUUCUUUCUUUACUCGCUGCUCGAUGUACGAGAACUUUUCCAUUAAAAUUAGCGAGACCAGCAAUUCCACCCGAAUUAAGAAGCAAGCUAUCGUAUAGUCGCGCAUUAUCAUUCAGAGCUAAACGAACAGGGAAUAUGAAAUCAAAAAUCGCGUCUGCAAAAAUUCGAAAUGAUGUUCGUCGCGAAUUAAAGCUAUUCCAACAGAAUCAACUGGCAAAACAACUCUCAGAUCGAAACAAAUUAGGUGAUUCAGCACGGAUGUUUUGGAGUAAAUCGAAAAAACAUUUUCGCAAACAAACAGCAGCGCUAAGAGGAUUCAACUUACCAUCUGGUCAGAUAGAGAGAGAUGCCUCAUCAAUGGUUCAGUUGGCUGCAGAUUACUAUGAAAAAUUAUUUGAAGAACCAGGUGUCAUACGACCACACCCCUAUACUGAUUCUCCCCUGGCUUUAAAUCUAGAAGAUGACUCACGAAUCCCAGAUGUAACCUAUGCAGAAGUACUGAAAGUUGUUAAAACACGUAAGAAAAAACGUUCCUGUGAUAUACAUGGAAUAUCUCCUUAUCUUCUUAAUCAACUACCUGAUAAUUAUUGGCAUUUUAUGGUGAAAUUAUAUAAUCAUUCAUUUCGUACUUAUCAAAUGCCUGAUAAAUUCAAAGAUGUAAGAAUUAUUCUUCUCGCUAAAAAAGAUGCUAUUUGUGCUCCU